AUGCGGAGAAAGACAGGAAAGUUCAAACAUAAGACAUUGGAAGAUGACAAGUCACCCACCGAAGGGAGUGACCACAAUCAUGAAAACAGUGGUCGUCAGUUCUGUGCCUCCAAAACAGGGAAGAGAGGUCGUGGUGAAAGGAGACAGUUUGUGUGCACUGAGUGUGGAAAAGCCUUCAGUCAGAGUGCCAACCUUACUGUGCACGAGCGAAUCCACACAGGAGAGAAGCCUUAUAAAUGCAAGGACUGUGGGAAAGCCUUCAGUCACAGCUCCAACCUUGUGGUUCAUCGAAGAAUCCACACUGGACUGAAGCCGUACACAUGCGGUGACUGUGGGAAGUCUUUCAGCGGUAAGUCACACCUCAUCCGGCACCGGGAAGUCCACAGUGUGGAGAAAACGUACAAAUGUAAAGAGUGUGGGAAGGCCUUCAGCCGGAGCUCAGGCCUCAUCUCUCACCACAGAGUUCAUACCGGCGAGAAGCCCUACACUUGCAUUGAGUGUGGGAAAUCGUUUAGCAGGAGUUCAAACCUCACUCAACAUCAGAGAAUGCACAGAGGGAAAAAGAUUUACAAAUGUAAAGAGUGUGGGAAAACAUGUGGUUCCAAUACAAAGAUUAUGGACCAUCAGAGAAUUCACACUGGGGAGAAGCCCUAUGAGUGUGAUGAGUGUGGAAAAGCCUUCAUCUUCAGGAAGGCUCUUAAUGAACACCAGAGACUCCACCGCAGAGAGAAACCUUACAAAUGUAAGGAAUGUGGGAAAGCUUUUACUUCUAACCGGAACCUUAUAGAUCAUCAGAGAGUCCACACUGGAGAGAAGCCUUAUAGAUGUAACGAAUGUGGGAAAACCUUCAGGCAGACGUCUCAGGUUAUCCUACAUUUAAGAACUCACACUAAAGAAAAACCCUACAAGUGUAGCGAGUGUGGGAAAGCUUAUCGUUACAGCUCACAGCUCAUUCAGCAUCAAAGAAAGCAUAACGAAGAGAAAGAAACCUUACUGUUUACCAGCCACGUGUGAUGGCACACGCCAUCAAUCCUGCUGUUUAGAAGGCAGUGACAGGGAGGUCUAAAUGACUUUUCGACCAGGCUGGUCUACUUAGUGAGUUCUAGACCAGGCAAGGCCACAGAGUGAGAGCCUGUCUUGGGAAAACAAAAUUGGCAAUAAUAUUAAUAUUACUACUUUUCUGAAAAUUAGAUUUUUAGUAACCUUAAACUUAAUUCUGCUUCUAUGAAUCCAUACACAGAAAAUAGUAAGUAGCUAAAGUCUAACAGAAGAGAUGUUCAUGCCAGCAUUAUACAUAACAGAAAGUGAGAACAAAGAGUCAAAAUAUCAAACCAACCAAAUAGA